AUCACCUAGCUACCCUCUAUAAUGAAAAGAAGCAUAUGAUUAGAACUCAUUUUUGUUUUCUUUUGCUUUCUCACAUCUUUACUUAAUGGAUCGCCUCUCGCUCCUUUUUCCAUGUUAAUUGCUCAUCAUCAUCUUUGACCCUCAUUGUCUAUUUUAUUUAUUGAUUACCUCUUUUUUACAGUUCUUUAUAUUCCAUCGUUUUCAAAAAGAUGCAAUAUUCAGAUAACCAGUCAUUUUCAAUUCCAAUUGACAUAUUGGAUGACUUGAGUAGAUGAACAAACAAUUCUCACCUGUCAUUGCUAACCUAACCUAUCCAUAUCUUUUAUUUUCUGCUUCUUCACUCAAGUCGAUUCAUCAUCAACCUGCCUCAACAUGAGCGGGAAAACGUCAUCAGAGCAAUGUUUCAAAUCGAGUCAGCCCAUUGGUUUUACAAGGAUUUUUUUCGCGUCCAACGACCUAGCUUACCUAAGGUGCAGCUUCGAGCUUUUGCCCGAGUUAUGUUUAAUCAUGUCCCAUUUCUGAAAAUUUUUCUCAAAGAAUUUGACAUUUAUUUUAAACAAUGGCAAGAGUAUAAGUCUAAUGUGCCCACUUAUGGGGCCAUACUUUUAGAUGAUGCCAUGGAGCAUGUUUUAAUGGUACAAGGGUUUUGUUCCCAAACAAGUUGGGGUUUUCCGAAGGGCAAAGUUAAUGCAGAAGAAGAUCCUGUUCUUUGUGCUUGUCGAGAGGUCAAAGAAGAAACUGGAUUCGAUUGUAGUCGUUUGAUUAAAGCUGAUGAUUACAUCGAACUGAAAGUGAGAGACACAAAUGUUCGAUUAUAUAUUGUUCCCGGUGUUAAUAAAUCCGAGAAAUUUGUCGCUCAAACUCGAGGUGAGAUCAAAGACAUCAAGUGGUUUCCAGUGAGUAAAUUACCUACUCAUAAAAGUGAGAAAGAUCUCAAUGCUAAUGUUUUCUUCAUGGCAAUUCCAUUCAUCAAACAUCUGAAGAGAUGGAUCUAUGAACAAAAGAAGCUUCGAAUAAGCGAAAAGAAGCAUAUCUUAAAUGCUUCUCGAAUUCAGCAUCCAAGCGUCACAAAAUUUUGGGCAAAAUCUUGGGAUGAGUUUAACAUUGAUUGGAACAAGAUUUGGAGUCAGAUACUUGAUGAACCAAAUAGCAAACAGGGGAAAGGUUAAAGAUAAACAUCAGUUUCAAAGUUGUAUUGCUUCCCUCUCAUGACACAAGCGGCCUGAACACUUUUUUGGACUAUGUUAGACCACCAUCAUCAACAAUCUUAAAUGAGAAUCUAUUUUUCUCUCUCCUUUCCGAUUUUCAUCUCUUGCUAAAGAAAAGUAUUCACAAGAUUCAAUACAUCAUUGUGAUUGAUCAUUGAUCAUCGUCUUAAGCCUCGACUAUCAAAUAAAAAAAAAUGUCAUCCGAAUGAGCAAACCUGACUUUUCCAUAGAUUUGCUCAAAUCCUUCCUAAAAUGUCGUCGUUUAAAAGUGUAUACAUGUAAUGAACCUUGACUAUUGACAAAUUAACUAUGUUUACGAAGAUGAAUCCUGAAUUCUAUAAUAUUCAUACACGGUCAGUGAACGAGUGUUAUUUUAAAAAUGUAAAAAAUGAUCAACUAGAGCAUUGAGGACAUUUCAAGCACUUCCAAUUUUACUACAAUUAGUAAUACAAUUGAUACUUAUUCAGGUUUCACUUCGAUCAUACAUCCAUUUUAAUUGCGAUAUUUAAAAAUCUCUAGUUUUUUAAAAUAAAUUGAUGUUGUAUCUUGA